AUGGCGGUUGCAAAGUGUUUUACGGAGACAGAAGCUGCCAACAAGAUUGGAGAGCGUCUCUCAAAACAGGUCGAAACUGUGGAGUUGCUGGCCAGCAAACUGACCAGGAUUGGGAACAGAGCCCCGAAUAAAGCAGAUGUGGAUGUGAUCCAGCGGCUGGUCCAGAAAGCACACUGUGAAGCAAAGGAGGCCUAUGGCAUGGCUUUUGGCUAUCUGAGAGAGGUUCAAUCAGUCUGUGAGAACCUAAUGGAAGAGAAAGGAAGAAUGCAAGAAGAGAUGAAACAGAAGAAACAGGAACUGAGCGCUUUACAAGGACAGCUUCCAACCAUGAGAGAGGAGAAGGACAAGCAAGAACAAUACAUGCAUAGCUUAACAGAGUCACUGAGAGUGGCAGAGAGAGCUUUGCAGGCACAAAGGGAACAUGAGAAGUCUAUGGAAACUGGGCGGGAUGUGAGCAUUUGGAUAAUGCUUAUUCCCAUUAUUGGCACCAUAGCAGGAGGUAUAUCUGCCCUUGUUUGUGAAGCCAGCAGAGCUCAGGCAGAGGGCAAUUGUCGAUUGCUUGGUGAAGAAGUGCGGAGAGGAGAGAAGAAAGUUUCAAAAUGUUCAUCAGAUCUGCAAUCUUGUAUCUCACGCAUAGAGAAGAUGGGAAACGAGAUUCACCAGACUGAAAAAAGAAUACAAGCUGUGGACGAUCAACUGAACAGGCAGCAAGAGCGACUGGAAUAUUUCUUCGCUAUAGAUUGCCAGCUGAAACAUGGAACACUCAGUAUGAGUGAACUGCUCGGGAAAGUGGAAGUGCUGGAAUGGCGCAGUGAGAAAUUCCUGAAUCUGGAUGCUCUGAUCAUUGUUCUACAGGACGUAAUUGACUACAUAUUAAAGCUGCCUAACCUGCUAGAGGGGAAGAUUCUGCAUUUGGAGCCAAACACUGUUAACAUGCUGACAACUUUCAGUCAUCAGCUGCGGGCGAUUGAGUGGUCAGAUUCAGAUGUCAAUGAGCAGGAUAACUGUGAUGUGCCACAUGGUAUACUCAUGACUGCAGCCAAAUACCAAUACAACACCAUUUACAAGUUCGCAGACAGCACCAACCUGGUGGGCCAGUUAUCAUAUAAUGAUGAGAAGGAGUACAGAAUAGAGAUUGAGAACCUCAUAACCUGGUGCCAAGACAACAACCUUUCCAUCAACAUCAGCAAGUCAAAAGAGAUUGUGUAA